AUGGAGAACCAGUGCCUUCCCAAGAAAGUUCCAGGUUUCUGUUCCUUUCGAUAUGGAUUGGCUAUCUUUUUGCACUUCUGUAAUGUUGUCAUCAUGGCCCAGAGAGUAUGCCUGAACCUCACCAUGGUAGCUAUGGUGAACAGCACAGAGCCACCUCAUUUACCUAAUGGAUCUACAUUGGAGAUGCUAGAUGAUCUAAAGAACCCUGUGUAUUCCUGGAGUCUUGAUAUCCAAGGACUUAUUCUCAGUUCUAUCUUGUUUGGUGUGAUCACAGCUCAAAUUCCUGUUGGGUACCUAUCUGGAAUAUACCCAAUGAAGAGAAUAAUUGGGUCUUCAUUGUUCCUCAGCUCUGUGUUGUCCCUGCUCAUCCCACCAGCGGCACAAGUUGGAGCAGCCUUAGUUAUUGUGUGUCGAGUACUCCAGGGAAUAGCCCAGGGGACAGUGUCAACGGGCCAGCAUGGAAUAUGGGUCAAAUGGGCACCUCCCUCGGAACGAGGCCGACUUACCUCAAUGACUCUAUCAGGGUUUUCAAUGGGACCAUUUAUUGUCCUGCUUGUGAGUGGAUUCAUCUGUGAUCUCCUGGGCUGGCCCAUGGUUUUCUACAUUUUUGGUAUCAUUGGCUGUGUUCUGAGUCUUUCCUGGUUCCUUCUGUUCUAUGAUGACCCCAAGGACCACCCAUAUAUGAGCACCAGUGAGAAGGACUACAUCACAUCCUCUCUUACCCAGGAGGUAAACUUGCCCAGACAAUCUCUGCCAAUCAAAGCUAUGCUUAAGUCUCUUCCACUUUGGGCUAUUAUCCUUAAUACCUUUGCUUUCAUAUGGUGCAACAACCUCCUGGUUACAUAUACUCCAAUAUUUAUUAGCUCAGUGCUCCGUGUUAAUAUUAGAGAGAAUGGGCUGCUGUCCAGCCUCUCCUAUCUGUUUGCCUACAUCUGUGGUAUCGUAUCAGGUCAGCUGUCAGACUUUCUCCUGUCCAGGAAGAUUUUCAGCAUAGUUACUGUCCGGAAACUCUUCAGCACACUAGGGAUUUUCUGCCCUGUGAUCUUCAUCAUGUGCCUGCUCUACCUGAGCUCCAACUUCUACAGCAUCAUCAUUUUCCUGAUAUUUGCCAAUUCAACACUCAGCUUUUCCUUCGGUGGAUACUUUAUCAAUGCCUUGGAUAUUGCUCCCAGAUAUUAUGGAUUUAUUAAAGCAAUUUCAUCUUUAUUUGGAUUGAUUGGAGGCCUAAUUUCUUCAACUAUGGCUGGGUUGAUCCUUAAUCAGGAUCCGGAAAAUGCUUGGCAUAUAAUCUUCUUCUUGAUGGCGGGCAUUAAUGUGGCAUGCCUGAUUUUCUACCUUCUAUUUGCUAAGGGAGAAAUUCAGGACUGGGCUGAAGAAACAGAAAACACACGACUGUGAAGUUAAUAGAAAAGUGAGCACCUUUGAAGCACAAGGUCAGAGUCCUUAUUGAAUAGAAGAGGAACUUGCAUGAGACUGCCACCCCCGGGAGCCACCAACACCAGGAGGGGGUGGCAGGAGGAUCCUGAGGGGCCAGGCUCAGCCACUUGAGUCUGUGUGCUUCUUUUUGCACUGUGGAUUAUAUGUGACGA